CAAGUGCUGAUCAGCUGCUUCUCAAACACACAAGACAAGAGUCGUGGACCGGCUGUAACUUUCUUAUCUCUGAACUUUGACGGGCAAUGGAGUAGAGCAUUACAGACAAUUGCAGAGCUAAGAACCACACAACCAUAGAAUAGAGCACUUCAUAUCUUGCUAAAGGGAGGCUUCAGCACAGCAACUACGAAGCUAUUUAGACCGCUGGGUCCAGGUCAUCAUUUCUCUUACCUAGAAGCUCCGAUGGCUGCAACGGCUGCCAGCUUGUGCGUCACUGUGACUCUCCUCGUGUGUGUUAUUGGAGGUCGAGCCCUGGAGCUGCUCAGGGUGACUUCAACAUCAGGCAAUCCUCCCUCCACUCCCUCGGUAAAUUGUUGGUGUGCGAGCUACCCGAAUGUGACCUUUUGCUCCUGGCCUGAAUCCCGUCGCUCCCCACCAACACACUACACUGCCACUUACAGUGAGAGACACAGACAGCUGGUCACCAAGCCGUGCCGACUCAUCCGACCCGGCUCUGCAUCCUCUGACCUGGUUUCAGCACCGUCACCCUCAUCCGAGCGGCUCUGGCACUGCCACCUGCCCAACCUGAAGCUUCUCACUGACUACAUCCUCAAUGUCACAGCAGUUUCUUCUGGUGGAAGCAGCUCCCAUCUGUUGAGUUUCAUGUUGGAGGAUAUAGUGAAACCAGAUCCCCCCGUAGACGUCCGGGUUUCCCCUCAUGACACCAAGAACUUGUUGUUGGAAUGGUCUCAUCCCCCGACUUGGACUUACCUGAACAUCUUCCCCCUGAAAUACCAGAUCCUGUACCAGUGGGAAAACAGGGGCACCCCAAAGUCUGUCAAUCUGGGUCCAUUUGAAGGCACCAGCGUUGAACUGAACAGGCUGACCCCAGGGAGGACCUACCUGUUCCAGGUGUGUGCAAAGGAGCUGCUGGGUCUGGGCAAGUGCAGCGCAUGGAGCUCACCUGUAAAAUACACCAUACCAAGCCCCAUCCUACUCCCUGAUUCAUUUAACACUCUCCUUUAAAGCCGACACAGAUGUAGAACUGCUCACUGUAUCUUUACAUGUACAAUUAAUGUUUUAUUUAUUUUUUAUAACGAAAGAAAAUAAAUAUCACCUCUACAGUGUAAUAUUGUAUUGUAUAAUUGUGUAAUACUGUACAUGAUUCAAAUGAUAAACUCUACUAUAAAACAUAAAUGAUAAA